CAGACAUGUGGUGAUAUGUGGACUGAGUUAUCGAGUUGCGAACAACAAUGUAAAAAUUUUUGGCCUUUUCCUGAGACUCUAGCUUAUGACCUGUACUAGGGUUAAUUUAAAAAACAGUAAGCAAUGAACACAGCUGAGUGAUGGUAAUGAAUGUCAUGAAUCCAUAUGAAUCCUACCAGAGCCAGAUCUAUGCCAGAGGUUUCCUACAUGAAGUUUUCAAUUAAUUCAGACGUGGUUGCUUAGCAACAAAGCAAAAGGCGCGAGAAGAAAGCAAAGAUGGCGGACUCUGCAACAGAUAAAAGUAUUUUUGACCGCGAUAAUGACUCCAGCAAAGUCCGAAUGUUGAUUUCUCCUCUUUCUGAUGAUUAUAGGUGAGCUCAUUUUUCAAUAUAUUGCAAAAUUGCAAAGCUUUCUAGUUGUAUCUCUAGGAAAUAUGAACAUGUACAUCAGUAUAGAUAUGAUCAUUUUGUAGUCAUUUUAUUAAACGAGCAUUUAUAAUAAUAUAAUAUUGUUAUAAAUAUUAAGCAUUCAUGUCAAAGACUUAAAUUAAAAUUAAAGAUGGUUGUUAUUUAACCAUAGAUUAAGACAAUUUUUGGUAGUCUAGUGUGGCUGACAAUACCUGCCACUUUGCCAGACCUGAGUAACUUAAAGGCACAGUUCAGCCUGUUGAACGAUGGUUUUUAAGGCGCAUUUCAGCCCUUUUAAUUGAAAAAACUAACUAGGAAAAUCAAUUAAGCAUAAUUCAAGAUCACCGAACUUAAUGUUUUUAACAUUUUAAAACAUUUAUAUUGUUAAAAACAUCGAGUUUACUGAUUUUGAAUUAUGCUUAAUUGAUUUUCCUAGUUAGUUUUUUCAAUUAAAAGGGCUCAAAUGCGCCUUAAAAACCAUUGUUCAAAAGGCUGAACUGUGCCUUUAACUAUCAAAGGACAAAGUCAAAGCCUUUGACACUUCCCUUUAUAUUGUCCAGGUUGUAAUACAGGGAUGGAUCCAGCAUGAUCUGGUAGGGGGUGUGCUCUGCCAGGUCUGGUGCCGAGUUGUGUCGGUCAUGUGUGGCCACCCGCCCAUCAACUUGCUUCACCACUGCAAAGUCUUGCUUGACUACUGUAUUUGAAUUGUAAUUGUUGUUCACAGUUUGCUUAUCAUCAUGUUAUUACUCAAAUUACUGUAUCUCAUUUUGUCUCUAAAAAUUUUUUGUUUUAUCAUGAAAAUAGCACCCCCCCCCCUGCACCCCCUCUGGCCAGGGCUAGGGGGGUGCACCCCAGUAAAUCCAUCCCUGUUGUAAUAUAACAGUAAUAAAACAAACAAUUUGGCAUUUUGAUCUUUUUGUGUAAUAUUGUGAAUAAAAAGUGUAUAAAAAAUUAAGGAACUUUGGUUAAUUUUUGCAGCCACUUUCACCUUUAAAUGUGAAUUUUAAGCAUGCAUGUGGCAGACUUGCAAAUUGGUACAGGUCAUCGGACAUUGUAUGCAGCCAAAUAUUACCUUUUGUCUGACCAAACCUUGUUAUGACCGGACAUAUGACGGAUUUAAGCUAGUCCAAAAAGUUUAUUUUUAACAUAGAAAGCUGCGGAUUGAUGGGGAUACAACUACCUGAAAAUACAAGCAGCUGAACUUCAACAUUUCGAGCGAAGACCCUUUGCAGGGUCAUAGCGACUGGGGUGUGGGAGGGUGUAAAUCCCCCCAACUGUGAAACUCAGGUAAAAAUCAGGUAAAAUUCAAGUUUAAAUUUUGACAUUUUCAGGUAAAAAAUUGCAUAAUAAAGUCGUUAUUUAAAAUUGUGAAAUGAUAACCAUUUUUGUAAAAUACAGUCAAUUUAGAUGCAAUUCGUUUGCGAAUUUACUUUAGAAAACACCAGAAAUGCAGUCCUGUAGCUUCAAAAAUGUAAAAAUUUUCCGGGAGAGGAUCUCCCCUUCUCUUCAGAAGCUUAUUAUGAUAGUGGAAAUCAAUCUUAAAAGCACUAGUAUAAUUAUUACACUUCAGGUAAAUUUUGAACAUUGAAGUUCAAAUUUCAGGUAAAAUCCUCCCCCACCCCUCCCCAGCCUCAAAUGCUUCGCUACGUCCCUGUCCCUUUGUUGGGAAAUUAGUAGCCAACGAAAGGCCUUUGCUUGAAAUGUCAAAGUUCUGCUUGUAUUUUUCAGUUAGUUGUAUCCCCAUCAAUCCACAGCUUUCUUGUUAUCGUCGCUACGUACACUGGCAAAGACCAUUGAAGAUUAUUUUUAACAUAUUUUAUCAAUAUAAACAACACUUUCCCACCAUUUUUUGCUGUAUUACUUAGCAGGAUUUUAGCUAGGAUUUUAGAUUAUGGAGUCUAAUUUUGGGUGUGUAUGUGCAAAUUACCCGGAAUAGCCAAAUAUAUGGUUCCAGUUAUGUUCAAUAUAUAGAGUAGUUCUAAGCUUUACAACCAAAUACAAGGCAAACAGCUGGACAUAUACACUUAUAUGUUGCACUGACAUAGUAAGUUAUUUUAGCAAGUGUUGGGGGCAUUUAAAGCCAUUUUAUACGGUUCUCAUUACCUAUAACUUCCAUCUAAACAACAAAAAACAUCACAGAUAUCACUUUUACCAAUUUCAACAAACUAAAUUUCAACAUGACAUAAAUAUAGGAGGAAAUUCUGUCUUUUCAUUUUGUAAGUAACACUCUAGCUCUAUUUUAUGAACCUAGUAGUACACAACUUCACAUAAAUAAUGAAGCCACAUUAAUUUUACCUUGCCAUGUUUUCCCUCUUUGGCAGCGGUAACGCGGGUAAGACCCUGUUACUAAGACCAUAUAACAUUUAAUUGUUAAGUAAUUAUAAAAUGCCUCAGUAACAUGGUAGAAAUGAAAUCUGAUCGAUUGUAUAACCUGAACCAUUUAUUCAGAACAAGAUCAAGUCUGAAAAUAAGCAGCCAGAGACAGACACUGUCCAACAUAAAAAGGGCAAAUGUCCGGCAAAAUGCAUUUCUCAUUGGACAGUAUGUCUGGUACAGUGUGAUACUGCUAUAAUUAUAUUGAUGAAAAGUGAAAGAUACUGUGAAUAUAUGAUUAUUUUUUUAAAAAGUAAGCAAUAGCUAGCUAUACAAUGCACAUUGUAGUAUAAAUUAGUUUUUUGAAAAGCCAGUCAUGAAAAUUUUGCGUGAGAACUUCCUACAAUGACAAAAUUUGUCCUGGCCAGCUUUUUUGCGCUUGCUGCCCGGCCACAUGUAAAUAUAUGUUUGCAUUUUCAAUAUCAUUAUGGCUUCUUAUUUAAAUAUUGUUUUUACAUUACGAUAUUUGCGAUGUUUAGCACAACAGUAACUCACUGUAAGUGAGACACCACCCAAUUGGAAAUAAUAAACAUGGGUGAAAAUAUUUUUUCAUGGGUGCCUGACACUUAAUUUGUCAGGCACUUAUGACACUUAAUUUGUUUGUACUGAGAGCGCUUAUAACUUUCUUUUAUCAUGUUUUUGUGUAUUAUGUAGUCCAUCAAUCUCAGACAAGACAAGAGCUGGUUAUUUUUCCCAAGAUUGUGCAUCACAAACAGAAAAAUCAGAUCUUGUCAAUUUAAAGGAAGUAACACAUAUGGUGCAAAUACUUGUGCAGGUAAAAAUAAGUACAAUAUUAAGUACCGGUAUUUUCAAGUAUUUAAUAUUUAAUGUUAGUUACAUAGGCUUAUGAUAAACAUGCUCGGGUUAGUUUUUGGUGCGGGAAGAAAUCCUUGAUGAGAACUGCAAGUCUACAGUAUAUGAGUUCGCCACCAGCACAGUAGCGGGCUUGACUCAGCGGCCAAGGCCUGUGCACUGAAUGAAGCUGUUAAAAUAAUUAUAAAAUUAAUGUUAAGUGGGGAGAACACAAGUACAAAGUAUGUGCUACCAAUGAAACAAAACUGUUCAUUACCAGACAAAAUUCGAAUGUUUCAAUUUUUUGCUCUUUUUGCUCCUCCACCUGAAAAAUUCAGUGAAGCAGUAGAUUUGAGAAAUUGAGCAUUGCUUUAGGCAUAAAAAAAAUACCUGUGGUUCCGGUUUCAUAUCGUGAAAAAAUUAGGGUCGGUAGGUCGGAAACAAAUUUUUUUUUUGAAUAUUUUUUUCAUGGUUUUGGCGUUUUUUUGCUGGGCGAUUUGCAGUAGAGUCCCAACAUCAAUAUUAACUAGAGAUGCGUAUUUCCUAUGGACAAAUUUAGGCAAUUUGGUUCAAUAAUUAGUCUGACAACAGACGCCAUUUUGGCACGCUGUAUGAGCAGCCCGCAACCACCUGGAGAAUUAAUAGGGUCGCACAGUCAAUCGCGUUGAAAAAAUAAUAGGGUCGGCAGAAAAAUAUAGGGUCGGUCGGGAACCGGAACCACAGGUAUUUUUUUUUACGCCUUAUGCAGGUUACUACCAAGAAGAACUAAUAACUGCUAAAUCACAGCCAAGUAUAGUGUGCAGGGUGUCCACAGGCCUUGAAAAUCCUGGAAAGUUCUUGAAUUGGAAAAAAAAUAUUCCAGGACUGGAAAGUCCUUGAAAAUCAGUAAAAGUCCUUGAAAGCCCUGGAAUUAAUUUUCUUAACCUCCAGCUGUGCCAACAUUAGUGAUGUUGAUUAAAAUUACUGAAUAAAGUGAAUUAUUUACGGCAAAUCCGUGCCAUUUUCAAAGAUUUUUCACAGUUCUAGGUCCUUGAAUUUACUGAAAAAGGGCCUUGAAAGUCCUGGAAAAGUCUUCGAAUUUCACCUUCACCAAAGGGUGGACACCCUGAGUGUGAUUGACUUGCAAAUGACUAAUCUGGUACAGUAUAUUUGACGAGUCCUGUACAGAUAUACCCGUUUGGCAAAUUUUAAGUUCUGUAGUUAAACGACAAGCUUUCCCACAAAAUUUCGGAAUUCCGUUUUUAUAUGUUUUUGGCAGACUAAUAUCUGUCUUCUGAUGAGAGCCUUUACUCCAAACGCCAAAGUCCUCGGUUUAUUUAUUCAGACUGCCAAGUGUCAACAACUAUGGUUUCCUGUGUUUAUUUGAGGGGCAUUUCACUGCAAAAAUCCCAUACAUGCACGUUGCCAAAAAAUCCAGUACAAUUUGGAAAUCCAUCAAAAUCCGAAUUUAAAAAUCCAUUCAAAUCCAACACAAUUUAUUUUAAAAAAUCCAAGAAAAAAUCCACGAGAAGCCCCCAAAAGUGGUUUGAUCGUUACAUAAUGUUUGGCAAGUUAAUGUUUUAGAGUACACGUAACCUUAUUGUAACUUAUAACCUCGGUUAUUACCUUAUUUAAUGAUAAAUAUAGGAUCUAUCUACGUUGAAAAAGAGUCUGUACUUUGCAAGACAUGUGUUGGAAGCUGAUUAUAAAAACAAACUGGAAGAAAAAGGUCUUGAUUUGUAAGUUUUGUAUUAUAUUACAGGGUUUGUAGCGGUCUUUGAAAUCCUUGAAAGUCUUUAAAUUUGAAUGCAGGUCCUUAAGGUCUUUGAAAAGUCUUUAAAUUGUGUGAAAACGCGAAGAAAGUCUUUAAAAAUCUUUAAAUUCUUCAGUGAGUGUUUGAUUAUACGAUUUCCUAGCUAAUAAAAUAGGUUGAUUGAAGAACAAGGUUUUCGCAAAUAUCGACGAAAAGGCGCAUUUUAGGAUGUGAUUUAACGGGAUUAAUUACCUGGUAAAAAUGGUGCUUACACUCAGGCCUUAAAAAAUCGGUCGGUCACGGACAUUGUCCGACCCAUCCAUCAAAUUGUCCGACGUAGAAAGGAAACCACCGGACAUUCUGUCCGACCUAAGUGAAACUGAAGUUUAUUAUUUGUCCGACCUGAGUGAAUUGGUGUCCGACCUAGAACUGGAAAUGUGAGUGAAAUGGUGACGUGAAAACGGGCUUUUACAACUUCGGUAACUUAAAAGUUAUCGAAGUCGUACUGCUAUCAUUGGCAAGCAAGUUAAUUUUGGCUUGGAAAUAAGUAUAAAUGACACAAAUUAUUUAAUAUCUUCACAACAUUUAGUUCAGAAUGAAUGCAUUAUGCUGAUAUCAAUUUGCGUCAUUCAGACUUAUUUCCGAGCCAAACUGAACUGAAGGUCAUCGGACAUAUGUCCGACCCAAACUCAACGUCAUCGGACAUUUUGUCAGACGGCCCUGGAAAAGAUAUUUUAAGGCCUGAAGGCUUACACUCGCAAUUUUUAGACAGCUGAUUGCUCUGAAAGGUCUUUGAAAAGUCUUUGAAAAUAGGCAGAAAAAAUCUUUGAAAGUCUUUGAAUUUUUUUGGUCUUGGAGACUACGAACCCUGUAUUAGACACUGGUCUUUUUAACCUGAUGCAGACAACGUCUAGAGACAACAACACUAUGUGACCGAAACGAAAACGUCGCUCUUUGAACCUGUCCCAGUCUCAUGUAAUGGUCUGGUUUCGGCUUUUACAUCCUUAUUACAUAUACAGUUUAUUCUAAUUCCCAGUUAAUUCAGCCUGCAUUUCGCACCUGGGACACUUUUUCAUAGCACAAAAGAAAUGAAGAAUUAAACGUCUUACGGAAGUUUUAGCAGUCAUUAAUUGGUGUGGGGUGGACUAUAUUUUGCAUAUAUUGAUAAAUCCGAAUAUUGCUUCCUGGCCCACCCUCAAGGUUACUGUUUAUUAUCAUAGCCCCCCCCCCCCCGGGAUAUUUUCAAGCACUUUAGUCUACUACCGUUUUUCAGAAGAAGAUCGAGUUUCUUUUGGGGGGCUGACGUUAAAAAAAUUUGUGUUCAGGGGCGCACAUUCCAAAAUAUUUUGAAGGGGUGUAAAAUAUUUUGGAGGGGUGUAAAAUAUUUUGGAGUGGUGUAAAAUAUUUUGGAGGGGUGUAAAAUAUUUUGGACGGGUGUAAAAUAUUUUGGACGGGUGUAAAAUAUUUUGGAGGGAUGUAAAAUAUUUUGGAGGGGUGUAAAAUAUUUUGGAGGGGUGUAAAAUAUUUUGGAGGGGUGUAAAAUAUUUUGGAGGGGUGUAAAAUAUUUUGGAGCGGUGUAAAAUAUUUUGGAGGGGUGUAAAAUAUUUUGGAGGGGUGUAAAAUAUUUUGGAGGGUGUAAAAUUUUACGUGUUUACAUUUUGGAAGUGGGAGUUACACGUGGGCCACCAUGGUUGGCGCCGAGCGGAAAAAUUUUGAAACUUUGAAAUCUCUAGAUCGUCGGAAAUGGCAUUUUCAAAGUCUAAUUUGGCCAUCAGCUGGCUGUAGAGCACAGAAAGGAAGUUGAUUCAGGCAGUGUAUAAUGGCAAUUAGCAAUUCUGUAACCUUACUUAUUAUUUUUUGGACACUUCCCAAAAAAUAAAUCUCACGGAAACAAACAUUUUGCGUAAUGUUUGCACCGGACGAUCGGGAGCGACAAUUGGUUCAUUUGGGACCGACUUUUUGAACUAUUUCUCAAAAUAGAUAAUGUGCGGCCCUGUUUGUGGUGCACAUUUCCAGUGUGCAUGGGCAUGAGUAUUCCUCUACGAGAUUUUGUGUCUCAGAAGUGGAACAGUUUUCGACAGCUUUUUGAACAAAAUUAUAUAGAAAAUCGGGUUUUUAAUGGAACAUUUACAUUAAAAAAAUAAUCAAAUUGUGAAAAAAAAUCAUUGUGGAGGAAGAUUGAGUUUCAAAACUCAAUUGAAGAUUGAGUAUUUACUACCGGUAGUAGAAAAGUGCUUGAAAGUAUUAGUAAGGUUCAAUUCCUACCAGAGGACCUUGUGCUGCAUUUUUCGCAGUCGUUCCUGGUCAGGUCUUAAAAUGUAUAUAUACUCACUUGGAUUACAAACCCUAACAUUCUAGUAUUAAUUCCACCAAGUGAAGUGCAAGAAACAAAUCAUUGAAGUCCACCUGCUUGAAAAUAUCCCUGGUAUCGUGUUUAAUGUGUUUAGGGCAUAGGUCAAGGGUUAAGUAACAGCAAUAAUGUCUUUCCAGAUAUUGUCGGGUUAAUGACAGGAUUCUUGAUUUGGAGAAAAUGCAUGAGGAGGUUAGUACUUUAAAAUUUUCCUGUUCAGUUUGUUUUAACAUCCAUCAUAGAUUACCAUACAAAUAGAAGGAAGCUUCCGUCGCUAUCGAUCUCUGUUCGUAACAUGUCAUCUUCCUGAGUUUCAUUUACAGUGUACAAUAAUGUUCUUUUAGCGUGUUAAAACAAUCAGAAGAAGUUUCAAGCAGCAGUUAGCUGAUGCUGUUGUGCAAAUAUCCAAUGAAAAUGAGGUAAGAUCCCAUCAUUCCAUGAUAGGGUAACUUGACUGGGCUAAAAGGGUCCUGUUGUGAUUGUUGUACGCCAAUGAUAGUAAACGUACAGCAGUAGGAAGCUAAGCAUACUGUCGAGGGCAAUGCGAAGGCGACAUCAGAAGUUAUACUUCAGGUUUCAGUAAGCGUUACGGGGCAGCUAAGCCGAUGAUGAUCAGAAGUGCUGAUGCUCACCCAAGGGCAAGCAAAUUAGCCUUUCUCAUGGCCGAUUUUCCCGCCAUUUUGGGGGUACCGCCUCUCACCACGAAAUACAACUUUUUAGUAUUGUAGUUGUUUGUAUAAUGGUAAAUUUACACUUACAACUUGUAAAAGUCGCUUUUCACGUUGUUUGAAUUGUCCAGAAUCUUUUACGAGGGCAGAAGUACCCCUAAAAUGGCGGAUUUUGGCCUUCGUGAGAAAGGCUAAUUGAACUGUAUCUCUCCUUUAUUUGUUGCCACAAAUGCAAGACCUAUAAUUACUGCUAAUUAACCACCAUAACAGAACAUGCUUUGUGCUUACAGCACGGCCACCAAGAGCUUGCGGUGCGUCUGGGGGAAAACUUUCCCAUGGGGCUCUCUGGGCUUUCAUAAAAUUUUCCAAGGACCCCUAUGAUGUCAUAAUUGUAAAACGGGAGAAACGGUGUUUUACAUUAUGUUAUGCUUUAUUGCAUAUUAUCCGGCAAUGAGAAUUUAUAUUCUCGGUUAAGCAAUCUUGUAUCAAGGGACUUCGUCGAUUUUAGGGCCCCUUUUGAGCUGGGGGCACUGGGCAAAAUACCCCCCCCCCCCUGCUCCCCUCUCGGCGGCCCAGCUUACAGAACAGUAUUUUAAAUUGAACCAAAUUCUAGAGAAUCACAAUGGAUCGGUUAGAAAGGCGAGAGAGAAUGGCGGAGAAGAAACGAAACGAAGAACUACUGAAGAAAGAAAGAGGCAAAGCAGCUCAACAACAAGAAGCUAUGAUUAUGAUGAUGAAGAUGCAAUUAAAAGAACAACAGGAAAGAGCAGAUAGAGAAUUGGAG